GGUAUGGUGUGACAUGGGAAAGUACGCGGAGAGAUAGUCCGUAUCUGAGCAUUGAAAAAGCCCUUCUUCCGUAACCCCGUGGCUUGUAGUGCGCAGUGACGAGGUGGUGGCUUAUUUACCUAACUAUUAAACCACAUUUGAAGAGACGAUAUUGCAUGUAGCCUGAACAUGGCCAAAGAAGAUACAAGACGAUCUGGAUACUCUCCGAUUGGAAGGCAAGCAGUAAAUAUAACCUCUCGACCUGACUGGGGAGCUAUGGACCCCCGGAGUCAAAAGGAAAUGAGGGAACCCGCCAAGAGGGUAGUCAUCCACCACACGACAAUCGGGAAUUGUGCUACUGCACAGGAUUGUAUGGCACAAGUAAUCCAUAUACAGAGGAUGCACAUGAGGGAUAGAGACUUUGAUGACAUCGGUUACAGCUUCUUAGUCGGGCAAAAUGGGAUGUUAUAUGAGGGACGCGGAUGGGGCAUCGUGGGAGCGCACAGCAAAGGACAUAACCUGGACUCUGUUGGCAUCGCCUUCAUGGGCAAUUUUAACGAUGAUGUUCCUACUUCUGCAGCUUUGUCAUCCGUCAAACGCCUUCUACAGGAUGGGGUGUUACAGGGCUUCUUGGUCUCCAAUUACACCAUUUUGGGACACAGGGACUUGGCGAGUACCGAGUGCCCCGGAAAUAAACUUUAUUCUGAGAUACAACGCCUCAGGUGUGAUAGGGAAUAGGCCUGCUGACAUUCUGUAUUUAUUUUUUUUUUAUCUAUUUUUCAUAUUUUAUCUAUUUGAUCUAUAUUAUAUUUUAUAUAAUUAUCUAAGACCAGUAUACUGACAUAUUUUAUUUACGCGUUGCUGACACAUGUUUUGUUCUAAAAAAAAAAAACUCCAACCUCUAAAUUGUGCGACUUGUGUGUGUGAUGGAGGCGGGGGUUAUAAUGUGUAGGCUAUUUAUGUCCAAACGUAUUAUUUAUGGUCGAAACAUUAGCUAAAUGUUUACGUUUUGAGAUUUUUAUUUUAAAAUGUAUUUUUAAUGUGGAAUUUUCAUUAAUAAAGGUAAAUAAUUAGA